AUGGCUUCACGACCGUCAAAAAGGAGAAAAUUGACUCCACCUCUAUCAGAUGACGAUGGCCCGUCCCGGCAAUUCAGCACUGUGCAGAAAUCGUUUUUGAAGAGCGCGGCGGGGUGGGAUCUUGAACAAAGCUACGAAACCAAGUCACGGAAGGGCAAGAAGAAGGAGAAGGAGAGUACACGCCUGCCCAUCAAAUCAUCGGACGGCCGGAUUCAGCAGCAGAAAGGUCACAAAGACGACCAAGAGUCAAUCGACAGCGACGAGGAGUGGCUCGAGAGAGCAGAUGAGGACGGAUCCGCGGUGCUCAGUGAACCCGUUGUGCCAGAGCAACCGAAGAUCCCAAAGCGGGAACAGCUUCUGAAGGCCCAAGAAGAACUAGCCAAGCUAGCUUCGGCUCUUCAAGAGGAUCCGGAGGAGCACCCUGGAGCGUUCAAAGCCCUUGCCGAAGUUGGGCAGUCUCCCCAUCUUGAGAUCCGCCUGUACAGCAUCGGCGCGCAACUGAAUGUUUACAAAGAUGUCAUUCCUGGCUACCGUAUACGACCGCAGACGGGCGCUCCGGGGGAGAAGCUGUCAAAGGAAGUGCGACGAGUCCACACAUACGAGCAAGCACUCCUGAACGGAUAUCAAUCGUUCCUCAAGGAGCUCGCUUUCUUGGCGAAGGGUGAUCCGAAUCUGCCCGAGAAGCCCAAACAGCAGCUUGCUGCUCUGGCCCUGAAAUGCGCCUGUACCCUUUUGACAACCCACCCUCAUUUCAACUGCCGAGGUGAUGUGCUGAGAAUUCUAGUCGGGAAGCUCAGUACAAAAAAGGUUGACAAGUCGUUCAUUGCUUGCGAAAAGGCGAUUGAGACUCUGUUCCGUGACGAUGAGGAGGGCAGGCCGUCGAUGGAAGCUGCAUCUAUCCUGAGCAAGAUGAUGAAGGCGCGAGACUACCAAGUUGACGAGAGCGUUCUCAACUUGUUUCUCCAUCUGCGACUACUAUCCGAGUUCGCCGGAAAAGCAUCUCAAGAUCAGGUUGAUCGACCUAACGGGCCCACGCCGCUGGGCAAAAAGCAAAAGCAGAAGAAGGAGUUUCGGACAAAACGUGAACGCAAGGCGCUCAAAGAGCAAAAGGCACUGGACAAAGACAUGGCGAACGCCGACGCACUUGUCACACAUGAGGAACGGGAAAAGAUGCAGGCGGAGACGCUAAAGAUCGUCUUUGCAACAUAUUUCCGAAUUCUCAAGCUCCGUGUUCCAAAUCUUAUGGGCGCUGUCCUCGAGGGUCUUGCCAAGUUUGCACAUCUCAUCAACCAAGAUUUCUUUGGUGAUCUUCUCGAGGCACUCAAAGACCUGAUCCGCUACAGCGACGAGGAUCUCGAGGUCGACCACGAAGAGGAAGGGGGAGAGAAGGACGAAGAUGAAGAAGACGCUGUGCUGGGAGUCCGUAAUCCUACUCGCGAAGCUCUCCUCUGCACCGUGACCGCCUUCGCCCUGCUCGCUGGGCAGGACGCGCACAACGCCAAGGCAGAUCUCCACCUGGACCUGUCCUUCUUCACCACGCACCUAUUCCGGAGCCUCUUCUCUCUCUCUGUCGACCCAGACAUUGAGCUCGGCGCUCAGUCCCUACGGCUGCCGGACCCGGACAGCCCCGUCCGGCCGAACAAGGUCAACCUGCAGACCAUGACGGUGCUGCUCGUCCGCUGCCUGACGGCCAUCCUCCUGCCGCACUGGCAGAUCCGGUCGGUGCCGCCGCUGCGCCUCGCCGCCUUCUCCAAGCAGCUCAUGUCGGCGUCGCUGCACGUGCCCGAGAAGUCGUGCCAGGCCGUCCUGGCGCUGCUGGCCGACGUGGCGCACGCGCACGGGCGCAAGAUCGCGGCGCUGUGGAACACGGAGGAGCGCAAGGGCGACGGCACGUUCAACCCCCUGAGCGAGACGGUCGAGGGGAGCAACCCGUUUGCGACGACGGUGUGGGAGGGCGAGAUCCUGCGGAGGCACUACUGUCCCAAGGUCAGGGAGGGAGUCAAGCUGCUGGAGAAGGAGCUGUCGGGUUGA